ACUUUCAUGUCUAGCUGGAGGAUUGUAUAUGCGCCAAUCAGCACUCUGUGUCUAGCUGGGGGUUUGUGGAUGCACCAAUCAGCACCCUGUGUCUAGCUCAAGGUUUGUAAAUGCACCAAUCAUCACCCUAUGUCUAGCUCAAGGUUUGUAAAAGCACCAAUCAGUGCUCUGUGUCUAGCUAAUCAAGUGGGGACUUGGAGAACUUUUAUGUCUAGCUAGAGGAUUGUAAAUGCACCAACCAGCACUCUGUGUCUAGCUCAGGGAUUGUAAACACACGAAUCAGUACCCUGUCAAAAUGGACCAAUCCGCUCUUUGUAAAACGGACCAAUCAGCUCUCUGUAAAAUGUACCGAUCAGCAGGAUGUAGGUGGGGUCAGAUAAGGGAAUAAAAGCAGGCUGCUGAGCUAGCAGCAGCAAUCCGCUGGGGUGACUUUCACACUGUGGAAGAUCUAUUUUUUCGCUCUUUGCAGUAAAUCUUGCUGCUGCUCACCCUUUGGGUCUGCACUGCCCAUAAGAGCUGUAGCACUCACCGCGAAGGUCUGCAGCUUCACUCUUGAAACCAGAGAGACCACGAACCUACCGAGAGAAAUGAACAAAUUCCGGACACACCAUCUUUAAGAACUGUAACACUCACUGCGAGGAUCUGCGGCUUCAUUCUUUAAGUCUGUGAGACCAAGAACCCACCAAUUCCGGACACACUAAUAUGCUGUUGGAAACUGGCUAUAUGGAAAGGCUAUGUGGAAGAAAACAAACACCCCAGCCAACAUAAUGGAGCUCCCAGCUGACAGCUGACAUCUAGCUGAUUGCCAACCACUUUGGAAACUGAUCUUCAAAACCCACUUGAGCUAUGUCAAGAGAAGCCACCUGUGACACAGAAGCAGAAGGAUCCAAGUCAAAGGAGUUUAUUUGGGAGGAAAUACCAGGAGAGAAUGAUCAUUCGUAACUGAGGCACACUUGCCUUUUGCAACUAAGCUCUACUGAAUUCCAAAGCUAUAGAAAUAUCCAUCUUGACCUGGAAAGUCUGUUUCUUUGCUAGUCCAGAAGAUUUUUUUUAACAUGAACAAGAUCCUCUCAAGCACUGUUUGCUUUGGACUCCUAACUUUGUUAUCCGUGUUGAAUUUUUUACAAUCUGUGCAUGGACGACCAUAUCUUACCCAAGGAAAUGAAAUAUUUCCAGAUAAAAAAUAUACAAAUCAUGAGGAACUAUUGCUGGCUCUACUGAAUAAAAAUUUUGAUUUCCAAAGACCUUUCAACACUGACCUAGCCUUACCUAACAAACUGGAAGAACUUAACCAGCUGGAAAAGCUAAAAGAACAGCUAGUGGAGGAGAAGGAUUCUGAGGCGUCCUAUGCUGUAGAUGGUCUGUUCUCUUCUCAUCCUGGCAAACGAGCCCUGUCAUCCGGGACGUUGAUACAGCUUAACUGCCUCCAACAUUGCCAAAACAGAAGAGGAUAAAGGAUACAUCCCAGCUUUCAAUUGCCUCAGUUCAGAAGGGACACACAUCAUUUCUACUGAAGUCCAUUGGCCGGGAUUAGUCACUGGGACUACCACCAACAUAUGGCAAGGCAGGUUGGUAAAUGUAAGGAAGUACCUAUAGUACUUGGUGAGCACUGCCUCUAUCAUAGUCUAUCCUUUAUCUCUUCUUAAAAACAUAGACUAUACUCAACUCAUUCUCAUUAGAGACAACCCCAAAUCUCUUCUAGUGACUGCAUGCAGCACAAAUAACAGGCUUUCCAGGAUAUAUUUACUAGUCUUCAUCAGAUAUAAUGUGGCCACUCCUUUUUUUUGAGACGGAGUCUUGUAGCCCAGGCUGGAGUGCAGUGGUGCGAUCUCGGCUCACUGCAACCUCUGCCUCCCAGGUUCCAGCUAUUCACCUGCCUCAGCCUCCCGAGUAGAUGGGACUACAGGUGGGCGCCACCAAGCCCGGCUAAUUUUUUUGUAUUUUUAGUAGAGAUGGGGGUUUCAUCAUGUUGGCCAGGCUGGUUUCAAACUCCUGACCUCAGGUGAUCCACCUGCCUUGGCCUCUCAAAGUGCUGGGAUUACAGAUAUGAGGCACUGUGCCCUGCCCAUUUUUUUUUUUUUUUUUUAGACGGAGUUUUGCUCUUGUUGCCUAGGCUGGAGUGCAAUGGCACGCCACCUCGGCUCACUGCAACCUUCGCCUUUCAGGUUCAAGCUAUUCUCCUGCCUCAGCCUCCCAAGUAGCUAGGAUAACAGGCAUGCACCACCACACCCAGCUAAUUUUUUGUAUUUUCAGCAGAGACAGGUUUCAUCAUAUUGGCCAGGCUGUUCUCAAACUCCUGACCUCAGGUGAUCCGCCGCUUCUGCCUCCCAAAGUGCUGGGAUUACAGGCAUAAGCCACCAUGCCCAGCCAAGCUACUCUUCAUUCACAGACCUAUUAACUGAAAAGACGAGUUAUUAUUCACCCCAUACAUAUCCAACAAUUAGCAGACGAACAGGGAAAGGAUAAUCGCAAUCAACAGCAAACUAAAUACACUGCUUGCCAAUUUACUCUUUUCCAGCCUUUCCUCUAGGAGCUCUAGGCACAUGAUCUGAAUCCCAAGCUGUUGCAGAUGCCAGUUUUAGCACUUAUUUUGCCAUUUAAUAAAAUAACUCUUAAUUUUUCAAACCUAUGAUAUCAGUUUCCUUGUCUGCCAUGAAUGAGUUGCUGAUACUGUGUCAGAUUUUCGGUAUGUUUUACAGCAGCACCCUCACUUCAUGUUAUCAAACUGUAUAUUGGGAUAUGCUUAGCAAGCUGAUAAAAUAGCCUUUAAAUCUCAGCGAUGCAACUUUCUAUAAUUUUGACCGAGUUUACAUGAAGUCUUACAUAUGUUGACCAUUUUUCCUUCACUUCAUGCAUACGUUAUGUGGAACACGUGGUCUCCAAUGUACCUAUAGUAGGAUAGGAAAGAGAUGAAGCAGGUAAAUAUGCUUUUAACUGCCAGAGCUAUGCACAUGAUCCCAAUUUAACUUAAUGGGGAUGUGGGAUCCCUAGGAAAUACAGAGAAGUCUUAGGAAUAGCUGUCAAGAGUUGUAUUCCUACCACAUAUUUUGGGUUUGUUAUGCCAUAUAUAAUAAAUCUUCCGGGAGUAAAUUGAGUAGAAGAUUAGAUGUAUGAAUUUGAAGUUAGUGAAUAUGAAUUUUAUAUCUCCAAUCAGCCCAGAUUAGAGAUAUGCAUUUGGCAGUUAUCAGCAUUAUAAAUAUUGUUUGGCAUUGUGAUGAGAGCAUCUAGGGAGUGACUCUCAUCCCUAGAUGAGUUUUUAGGGAUGAGACCCUAAAAACUGAGACCCACAUCAUUCCAAGGGAAGAAACUGAGCAGAUGAGGCAGAGUCAACAAAAGAGGCUGAGUAGGAGUAGGUACAAAGAAGGAGGCAAGAAAGCAACACCCACAAGUCAAGUAAAAAAACUGUUUCCGGGAAAAAGGAGUUUAAGUCUAUCCAAAGCUGUUGUUACCAAAACACCAGGGGUUCAGUCUAAGUCCUACAGCUCACUGCACAGAAAGCUGAUCACUGAGACAAGUAUUGCCAAGGAAGAAGGCUUUAAUUGGGUGCUGCAGCUGAGGAGAUGGAAGCUCAGUCCCAAAUCCAUCUCUCUAACUCACUAAAACUAGGGUUUAUAUAGCAGGGAAGAAAUGUAACUACGUGAGAGAAAGGCAAGGAAGCAAUCAUGAUGAAUGAGGGGUCCAAUAUCUCAUUGUCUGGAUGUGGUGAUCUGGUGAGUUUCAGUUCUUUGAUACUUUUUUUUUUUUUUGAGACAGAGUCUCGCUCUGUCACCAGGCUGGAGUGCAGUGGUGCGAUCUCUGCUCACUGCAACCUCUGCCUACCGUGUUCAAGCGAUUCUCCUGCCUCAGCCACCCAAGUAGCUGGGACUACAGGCAUGUGGCCACCACCCUCAGCUAAUUUUUGUAUUUUUAGUAGAGACAGGAUUUCACCAUGUUGGUCAGAAUGGUCUCGAUCUCCUGACCUCAUGUCGGCCAGCCUCAUCCUCCCAAAGUGCUGGGAUUACAGGCAUGAGCCACCGCACCUGGCCCUUUGAUAGUUUUUUCUGGGAGGCCUAAAGGUCAUUUCCUGAGGAAGAAACUCACCUAAAACAAAUACAAGCUUUAAGCUUUAACAGCAGAAGGGUCAAUUUCUGAUUAUCCAAAAACAACUCUCUAUGGGUCUGUGGGGCUGAUUUCACUAUGAUAGAUCCAGUAAAAUGAGGACUGAGAACUUCCAGUUGAAUUCAGCAGAGGAAAGGUCAUUAAUGGCCUUGCCAAGGAUUGUUUGAUGAACUUUUUGUUAAAGAAAACAUGACUACAGAACUGGAACCACUGACAAUAGAAAAUUCUCUUAAAGAAUUUUGUGCUAAGGAAUAGAAAAAAAAUUGGUAUAUCAGCUAGAAUGAUUUGAAAGCAUAAAAAAAAACACCUUUUUUGUUUAUUUUUAAGAAAGUAGAUAUUACAACAUGUUUGUAGGUCAGGUACCAGUGGCUCACACCUGCAAUCCCACUACUUUGGGAGGCCAAGGCAGGAGAAUCACUUGUGCCCAAUCGUUUGAGACCAGCCUGGCCAAUAUAGGGAGGCUGUGUCUCUACAACAAAUUUAAAAAAUUAGCCUGGUGUGGUGACCCAUGCUAGUAGUCCCAGGUACUCAUGAGAUUGAGACUGGAGGGUCCCUUGAGCCCAGGAGUUCGAGGUUGCAGUGAGCUAUGGUUGUGCCACUGCACUCCAGCUUGGGUGACAAAACUGAACAUAAUCCACGUUAUACAUGAAGUGCAGUGCUGUUGCCAUAACUAGAGACUAACCACUGUGAAUAACAAUAAAUGAGGAUGAAAUAGACCCAGAAAUCCAGCUUAAGACAGUAAAUAUUUCACAGAUUACUGUGAAAUAUUGUACCUUUCUUUAAUCUUUUAAUAUAUUGUUGAUAGACAUCUGCUACAAAUAUAGCUGUCCAACUCCUAGCAUCAUGCUAAAAACAGAGAAUACAAGAGUUAACAAGACAGCCAUUAAGUGACACCAGAAAGCUGGUUGGGGUUUUACUUUAUGUAAAUGAUGAAUGGUGCACACUAUAAACGUUGGGGAAUUGGCUCUACCACCAAUAUGACUCAUGACAGUUCCCUUUGACCACAUCCAAAAUGUUCUCCAAACUAUAUUCCAUUGUAUAUUUAAUUGAGCUGUUCAUGUGGUAUAAGUCUUGGCUAAGUGUAAGUUUAUAUUCUUCUGCCAGACUCAUAUUCAAAGACAUCUGAAAGGACAGAGAGGUCAGUGAUGAUAACUUUCCAAAGCAUACUAUAAAAAGAAGAUUGGCCAGGCAUGGUUGCAUGCACCUGUAGUCCCAGCUACUCAGGAGGCUGAGGUCAGAGAAUCACUUGAAGCUGUAGCACUCUAUGAUCAUGCCUAUGAAUAGCCACUGUGGUCCAGGCUAGGGAAUACAGUGAGAAGCCUCAUCUUUAAAAAAAACAAAAAAACAAAAAAAACCUGAAAAAAAAGAAGAAGGUGAGAUUAGUGGGUGAAGCACCUCACUUCAAUGUCUGAAAAUAGACUUCUGCUUUCGCAGGGUUUGAAUGUGGCUUCUAAGGGAAACUGUGGCUCUUGAAGAAAUGAAAAAUAGGCUCUUAGUGAUAUCAUAAAACUCUGUUUAUAUGUGGUGAUAAGCACAAGGGCUACGGUGUAUUUGGGGAGGAAAACCUGGGCAAGCAUGUAGAAAUUUAUCAUUCAUUUCAAUGAGGGAUUAUAUGUUUUUCAACUCUUUUUCACUAUAAAUACCACUGAUAAACAAUGAAUCAAAGGCCCUUCUCCCAAGGGACUUAGUUUUAUAAGCUAGUUAAAUAAAAGGAAAUUAGAGAAACUGAUGAUUAGCUAGAUGCAACUACUGUAAGUCAGGUGAUUGGUAACAACCUACAGAAGAUUUAAAAUGAUUCGUUUAUAUAUUUGAAGAUUGAAAUGCUAAUAUAUUUGGUUUGAUUUCUCUGAAGAAUCAUUUUAUGAUCAGAAUGGGAGGACUAAAUGUGAUGAUGACAAAUGAAGUUAAUUAAAUAUCAUUUUGUGGUCUGCAAAGUGACCUUUAAACUGUCUUCCUUCCUCUUCACUCAAUAGAUAGAUUCUCAUUAGCACUGCUUUUUUACUUAUGUGACUUUCUUUUUGGUGUUUCAGUUACCUCAAGUGUAAAAUAGAGGGAUGAAUCUCAUAGGGCAGUCUAUUGAAUUCUCUAGACUGUAUUAUAUGUAUUAUAAUUUAUAACAGUGUUGUCCAGUAGAAUUUUCUGUGAGGGGAACAUUCUCUAGUUUGUACUGUCUGUUAUGGUAGUCACUGGCUACAAGUGCUAUUGAGCAGUUGAAAUGUGACUAGUAUGAUGGAGAUGCUGAAUUUUUAAUUUAAUUGUAAUUAACUUAAAGAUCCACAUGAGGCUAGUAGCUACAAUAUUGACUGUCCCUUUUAAAAACUUAACUCUCGCAUUCAGGCACACAUAAGCUAUUGAUUCAAGAGCAAGUUUUA